CAGAAAUGACUACAGCAGCUAAACAAAGCACAUGAAGAACUGAUGUGUUCAGGCCCACAACAUUUCAAUCAAAUGUCCUGAGAACCAUACUUCCGUAUGAAACUGAAUCAUGCCUGGGACGGUGCACUCAAAAUUGAUCAUCGUCUCCAUCAGCAGAAGUGCUAAAUCUCAAACACAGAAAAGGCCAUCUAAAAAAGAGUCACGUCAGCUUUGUGAAAUUAUUCAGUAUGCUGGAUCUAUCUGCCGCUUCUGACACUGAAUCAUCAGAUCCUCCUCCACCCUCUCAUCACCUGGCAUCACAGAAUCCUAUCUCACAGAAGACCAGACCGUAAAAAGAGAAUUGGGGCACCAUGGAUCAUCCUCUAUACUCCCUCGCUCAGAAUGGCUGACCAAUGGUUGAAUUUGCUAUGGAGUUCCGGGAGCUGGCCAAAACCUCCAAACUGGGUGAUUCUGAGCUGAUGGCAUUAUUUUAGGAGGGAUUGGACGAUACGUGGUAUUCCCGGAUGCCUAAUAACAUCCGCACAGGCACCCUAGUGGAAUGUAUGAUUAUGCCCUGCAGCUGAGUCGAUCCGCUUUCGAUAAACCACCCAGUCCAUCCUCAGAGUUAGCAUCUGUCAUGGCUAUCCUCUAGUGUCAUCACCCAUCAUGGCCGCCAAUCGUCAGUCAUCACCCAUGAUGGCCGCCCGUCUAGAGUCUGAGUGGAGGUCCCAUCCAGUCCCUGUAACUUCUCCAAAGUCCAGUCCAGUUUCUAUACUCAGUCCAGUGCUCACUCCGGUUCUCGUGUAUGGUCCCAAACUUCAUCCAGUCCCUAUGUUUGUACCAGAAACCAGUCCAUUCCUUGAGUAUGGUCCAGGAACCACACCAUCACAGUCGGCUAACCCCUAUCAUCCCAGUUCACCUUUCGGUCCAUCGUAUUUGCGAGAAAUCCCCCCAGACCUUCCUAUUCACGUGGAGCACAGACAAGACGUGGCACCAGACCCUGACCCACAAUCAGCGACGUCCCCAGCCACUAAUUCUGGGUCUGUGCCUGAACAUAUCCCCGAGUUCCUCCCUGAACCCAGAGAGGCUUCUGAUCCCGAGUUUGGCCCAGAGAGGGUAUCGGUUCCAGACCAGAGUCCAAUGCGGGCUCCAGCCCCCGACAAGUGUCUAAAGCAGGCUCCAGCCUUUGACCAGAGUCCAGUGCAAGCUCAAGCCCCUGACCAAGGUCUAGUUCAGGUACAAGUCCCCAACCAGAGUCCAGAGCACAUUUCAGCCCUCGAUCAGAGUUUGAAUUGGCUUCUGCCUCAGACCAGGGCCUAAUACUAGCUUCAGCCCCAGACCAGAGUCCAGUACAGGCCCCUGCCUAUGACUGGAGUCCUAGACACACAGCUAGGACUGUGCCUUGGAUGUUACUGUUUUGCUGGUAAUUUGACCCUGUCUGUUUGUACGCUCUUUAUA